CCUGUUGCCACUGCCACCAUCUCAAGUGAGGAGGCGAUCCCUCCCUCCCCCCUCCCCCUCUCCCACCCUCCUCCCCUCCCCGCUCCUCACUGCAAUGCUCCCGAGAAGGCAGAGCAUCUUCCACCUCGGGGAGGAGGGUGGCGCCGCCGUCCACCACCACCGCGUCGGCGUCGUCGGCGCGGCCGCCAUGGCCGGAGCCAACGGCCGGCGCGCCCGCGAGCGUGAGCGCCUCGUCGUCGGGCUCCAGAUCCUGGUGCACCACCAGCAUCACCACCACCACCACAACCAGCAUCACAGCCAUGGCCGGCACGCGCACGCGGCGAACAUCGUCUUGAAGCAGGUGGUGCGUCCCCGCUCCGCCGCCGCCUCGCGCCACGGCGCCGUGUCGUGCAGCUUCCUCAAGGCUUGCUCCCUCUGCCGGCGGGACCUCAGCCCUAGCAAGGACGUCUACAUGUAUAGAGGAGACCAGGGCUUCUGCAGCGAGGAGUGCCGGUGGGAGCAGAUCCUGGUGGACGAGGCGCGCGAGCGCCAGGCGGCGGGCAGCAAGGAGCGGCAGCGGCGAGGCCAGGCUCACCACCACAGCCCCCACCGCACGCCCAACCGGGGCAGGCCGCCGCCGAGGAAGACACUUGCCGUAGCCUAGAUGAGGAAGGCAGGACCGAGAGCCGAAGGCCGAAGCAUGGUGCAGGAUCAGUACUACUAAUUAGUUAAUUAUUAAUCAAUCAAUAAUCCGCUCUUCUUGUCACCGGAGGAGGAUAUGAUGAGUACUGAAGCAAGCUAAUGAUAUACAAAUAUCAAUCAAGGAGCAUGUAUAUAUCAUGGAUGCAUGGCAGCGAAGAAUAUGAUUAUAUCAUGGCGAAGGGGGGUUCAAAAGGAAGCAACACGUACUUGGAGAAGUUGGUUGGGUGUUUUUUUCAUAUGUAUAUUUUUGCAUGUUGCAGUCUUGAAAGUAAGGGUGUAAUUUGCUCUUGUACUCUACAACAUCCAAUUAAUGAUCCAAUUGAGUAUAAGAAAUUAUGUGAAAGAGUCAUGAAGAGUUCUUGAAGAAAUUGA